UUUAUAAUAUAUAUUUUAGGGGACUUCUUAUAGAAAGAUCAGUUGGUAAAGCAAGUAUGUUAGGAAUAACUCAUACAACUGGAUUAGGACUUAUUGCAUAUGCUCAUAAUUCUGCAUUAGAAGCUAAGAAUCCAUCACAAGUGUUUGAGACCCUGAUGAAAUCUGAUGUUUUAAAUUGUCAACAUUCAAUGAUAGAUUUAAUGUCAAUGACAUAUGCGGAAAAAUCUGCGCUAUGGGCAUAUUAUGGUAAAACUGAAAUGUCUUCUGUUUGUGCACAGCUAUUACUUUUACACAAUACGGGAGAUAAGAAACAGCAUAUGUUUAAUGGUCCAUCUACUUGUCAAGCUGUUGUUAAUAUUGCAAAUAUCUUAGUAGAAUUUGGAGAAUAUUUUUUGGUUGAUAUUGUACUUGCUCAUGCUAAAGAGAGAUUUCCCAAUGAACCGUGUAAUAAGAUAUGGAUGUUGAGUGAACAACUUUAUAUAUUUACACAAUUAAUGAGACAAGAAAAAUGGAGUGAAGCUGAAGCAAUAGCGUUAAAUAUUUCAAGUUUAGAUCCUUUGGAAUGUAAAUUUAGAUUAGCGGAAGUUUGUUUAGAAAAAGGAGAUUAUCCGAAAGGUUUAGAAUGUAUCGAUAAUAUUGAGAAAGAUGAACAAAUAACUCCUCAAAAUAAAAUAAGAGCUAUGAUUCUUUUAAGUCAAAUAAUGUGUGCUUCUGUUUCAUCAGAGAGUGGAAUUGUAGGAGUUAAUUCGUUAGUACUUUUAAAUACAGCAUUAGAACUGGCGAUAAAGAAUCAUUUAUCUUAUUAUAAAGCAUUAAUAAAAAUGCAUCUUGCAAACAUUCAGUUAAUAAUGGGUAUGCCAACUUUAGCAUUAAACUUAGUAGAGGAAGCAAUUACGCAAAUUUUAGCGCAUGGAGGAUAUUAUGAUCAAGGUAGAGCGUUUAUUUUAUAUGCAAAAUGUUUAGUCGCUACUGCUCCAAUAUGCGACAAAACACGAAAGGAAGUAAUUUUAAAAGCUAUUAAAGCUCUUUCCAAAGCAAAAAGUUACUUUACGAAAAUCGAAGCAUAUGGAAAACUACGAGUUACGUUAUGCUUAGAAUCUUUACUAUGUCAUGAGAUUGAUCUUAAAACUGAACGAAAUCAAUGUGCUUUCGAAUUUCGUCAAUUAGAUCAACAACUUCUUACAAAACUAGAUAAUUUAUCGUUAUAUUGAAAAUAUAGAAAAAAAAAAAAAUAAAUAAAUAUAAAAAAC